AUGGUGAUUACCAACGAGUUUGGUCAGUCUCCCGUGGAUAAGGCUAUAGCAGAGGAAGCCGGAGAUGUUACUGUUGACCAGUUUCUGCAGGAAUUGGUGAUUAGGUUGCGGAUUGCAAGUCUUGGACGUAGUCAAGAGAUUAGGCAUAGGAAGUCAUCAAGGUUGUCUGAGGAAUCAAAUAAACUGAAUGAGGAGUUGAAGUCGAAGAAAAGUGUGAUUGCUGAACUUGAGGCCAGGCUUGUGGAAAAGGAAAAAGAGUUGACUUCUGUGAAGGAUAAGUAUGAUAAAGAGGCUGAUAUGCUUAAGAAAAAGAGUGCUGAGCUUUCAAGUAUGCAGGAACAGAUGAUAGAAGCUACUAUGAAGAUGAAAGAGCUGGAGAAAGGGAAACAAACUGAGAUCUUGGAUGCCUUCGUUGAAGGUUUUGAGCGGGCUAUUCUGCAAGUAAAGUUUUUAUUGCCGGGUCAGGAUUUAUCUCAAAUGGAUCCUAGGAAGAUAGUCCGUGAUGGAUCCCUGGUUGAUGAUGAGGAGAUCGUGGAAGAUGGUUUGAAUCACCAGGUGUAA